AUGCUGAUUCAACUAUUUCUAUUAUUGACUGUUUUUCGUGAAGUGACAACUUUGGUUACUUGUUCAAGAUGCGAAUCUGGAACUGAAGAAUGCAAUUACUCGAGAAGCACUUGUCGAGGCGACUUCUGUUAUCACGCACAAUAUUUUUAUGGAAAUGAAAUGAUGCCAACAAUACAAAAAGGAUGUGUUAUUGGUGAAAUCUCUCCAGAAGGAUGUCGUGUCAAUCACCAUGGAAAUGUCAUGUGUUUCUGCUCUGAUGCGGAUUACUGUAACUCCAACUUCACUUCAAUCGUUGAUGCCACUUCAACAAUUCUUCCAGUUCAAACGUGUCAGCCAGAAAAAGUGAACAAUAUGCCAAAACCAAGAUGGACGAAACCAUGUGCUGCUAAUUAUUGUACAUUCAUUGCAGCCAAAACCCUGAUGGAAGUAGAUAAUGCAAACUAUACUUGGUCAACAAAGGAUUGCAACAAAGAGAAUGAAUUUGACUUCUUCCCAACUCUCACUGUUUUCAACUUCUAUCCAGGAACUUGUGUUUGGCUGAAUUACGGAGGCCAACCAGAUACUCAUGCUUGCUAUGGAUCUGAUUCUCUUGAUACAACUCUGGCAUUCGAUACAACAACAGCCACGACUGAAUGUCACGUUGACUACUUCAAUCCACAUCUUCCAUAUGUGAAAUCUGGAAGUUCGUGUCUUGGUCAAUUCUGUUUUAUCAGUGCGACGUCAAGAGGAGAAGUAUUCAGAGGAUGUGUGAAUAGCCAGACAGUUGAGGGUGCCACUCCGCUCAAGAUUGGCUAUACCCGUGCAUACACAGGUCUGGAACAAUGGAUUUGUAAUCAAUCCUACUGUAAUGCUGAUCUGAAAUCAGCUGAACUCUCAUGGCCACCAGAGCUAUAUUUAUACAGGUAG